AUUCUAAUGCCCCACUGUGGUCACAGUCUGGCAGAUGGCACCUCAUGGCUAGCCUGGCACCCUGGAGCUCCCAGUGGCCUGCUUAGACAAGACCGAGCCGUGGCAUCCACAACAUCCUCUGGGCCUGGCCCUCAGUUCCUCCCCAUGCACCAUAAGGACCUCAAAAGAUUCCUCUCGCUCUGACAUUUGCAAGCCCAGAAAGCACACUUGAGAGGGACUACCUGCCUGCCGGCCACACCCAGCAGACUGCACCCUGGCCCAGCCUCCAGCCUAUAUGGGACCCAUAAAUUCGCCUGGCUGAGUAAACACAUUUUAUUGGGCCCGGGGACACUUCUCGGCCAUCCUGCUUCCCCCUUCCCUUGGCCCCUCCAGCCGGCCAGCACCCCCAGCGCAGCACCUCCCCGAGGGGCGGGGUGCCAACCCCCAUCCUUCAGUCCCCCUCUGCCUCCGACCCCUUUCCCCCAACACACAUCCAGGCCCUAAGGGGGGUGGAGAUUUUCUUCUCUUAUCAGCCGUUUUACUGCCCCCUCCUCCCUGGUUACACAGUAAUUGCGAACAGAACUCCUGGCAAAGACGGGUCAGUGCCUAUCAGCUCCCAGUCGACGGUUUAUACUGGACGGAGAGAAAGGGGUACCUUCGGUGGUGUCUGGGGAGGCGGGUAAGAGGCACGCAAGCAGGAAGGGAGCAGGAAGGCCUCCCAAAAGGACAAGGCACCCUCGGCCAGGAGCCUACGGAGAGACUUGUACAGCAAAGUCGGGGAGAAAAAGGAAGAAAGUGAUGGCCAGACCAGAGGUGCCAGGGGGGACUCUGGCUCCAGCACUCAGCCCAGCCCCGGCACAGAGAACCAGCCUGCCGGGGACCCAGUGACCCCCUCCUAAGCCACUUCCUACAGGGCAGCGGAAGCUGCUCUAGAAGCCCUCUUCUGGAGUCCGGGGGCAGUAGAAGCAAAAGAGAUCCAGAGGAGCUUUCUGGGAGCACCCCUCAAGCUGUGGUGUGGCCCAGGACUGAGCUGGGGCCCCCCCCAGGGGUUACUCCAGCCUUCCAGAAGCCUGGCUGGAGCCAGCAGGAAAGGGCCACGAGCCAGAGAGAGGGCAAAGGUGGAGGGAGAGCCUGCCUUCAGAUCCCCUCCAGCCGCAGCUCCCGCUUCCUUCCCCACUGUCGUGCUCCCCCCUGGCCUUGACCUCGGCCUCCACCCUGACUCCUGGGCCUAGGCUGGGGACUGUGAACUUGACCGCCCUGGAGAAGACUUGUCACAGGAGGACUGAACCCGGUUUGGCAAUGGCAACUCCCUCACCAGCGCACCCGGGAGGGCUCUGAGCCGGUGGGCACGCGGUACAGCCCCUUCCAGCUUUCUCCACGUGACCUGUCUCCGUGACUCCAGGGUGUUUUUGCGGUGACCCAUCGAAGUACCCGCGGAGAUUUAACCAUGCUUGGAUAAUCCGCCAUGCGGAUCCCCGUUCUCCACCUCUGCUCGCCCUCUUGAUUCCAGGCGUUCCGGGAAGAGAAGGACGCCGCCCUCCACUGGCUUCGCCCGGGGCGCGCGCCAAGCCCCCUCCGCCCUCCACGCAGCCGCCAGCGGAGGGGGCCAAGGCGCACCCUCCUCUCCACUGGGGGAUGGAGAGGAAGAGCCCGGGGUGCUGUGAGGCCCCAAAGAAGCUGGGCCUGUCCUUCUCCAUCGAGGAGAUCUUAAAGAGGCCGGCUGACCGGAGCGACGAGGUCAAGCCAAAAGAGGCAGGGGGACAGGGCGCCCAGCAAGCAGCAGCUGCAGACCCGGAGCCGCAGAGACCCCCGCGGGACCAACCCCCGGAGGAGAAGAAGGGCAAGCGGAGGAUCCGAACCACCUUCACCACAGAGCAGCUGCAGGAGCUGGAGAAGAUCUUCCACUUCACCCACUACCCCGAUGUCCAUAUCCGCAACCAGCUGGCAGCCAGGAUCAACCUCCCAGAAGCUCGGGUACAGAUCUGGUUCCAGAAUCAGCGAGCCAAGCGGCGGAAGCAGGAGAGGACCGGCAGCCUGGGGGCUCCGCCGCAUCUGAGUGAGGCGGCCCUGGCCCCGCCCACAAACCCGGACGUAGCCGGCCCCAUGCUGCUGCCCCCCGCACGGCCCUGGCUGACUCCUCUCUCAGGGUGCUGUCCGCUGGCUCGAGGUCAACUAGCCUCUGCCUGGCUCCCCGCCCGGAUCACCCUCCUCCCAUGCCACCCAUGGGCGACACAGCCCCUCCCGGGCCCUCCCAGCCAGCAGACCUGUGUCCCUGCACUCUGCUUUUUUCCAUCUCCUCACCCCAAAUGGGGCAGCAUCUGUGCCACUUCCACACAGGGACCGGACAUCCUCUCCCUGGCGGAGCCACUGUUCUCUCCAGGUGAAGGCAGGUGGCAGAAAGGUGCCCAGGCCUCUGGGGGAAUCGUCUCAGAAUUCACAGCCCAAGAAGCCACCCUGAGUGCAUCCCUUGGAAGGUUACAUCGGACUCAGCAGCAAGAUGGCCAAUAAAGGAAGCUCUUAUCUCUCCUGGCCAGUGUCACCUGCCGCUUCGGACGACAGAUGCUGUGUGAGGUCUCGGGAUGAGCUCAGGAACAAGAAGGUCAUCCUCUUGCACCUGUGCUGCCUUGAACUUGCUGUGUGACCUCCAGCCAAUCACUCACCCCCUCUGGGACUCAUCUGUAGCAGAAGGCAGUUGGACAAGAUGACUUCUGAGGACCCAUCGGGCCCUUACUUUGGGGAGGUGGACCAUGGUGAGAACAGAGGCACAGAGGAAAUCCAGGAGAGUUUUGUUCAUCCAUUGGUAAGACAUGUAUUAAACACCUACUGAGUGCUUCAUAAAUGGAACUGGACAUUGGCCUGAACAACUGAAGCUCUGAUCCCAGGAGCUCAGUCCAGGUUGGUCAAAGAGAUGAUACGGACCACCCCUGCCAGCAGACAUUCUGUCAAUGACCCUGCAAGAGGCUCACACCGAAGCAUUCUGUUUGGCUUUGAUAUGCGUGUCCUAAGGAAGGAAAGAAAUACAGAAAUAUUUCUUUAAAAAUUUAAACAGGAAUUCCCAUAGUGGCGCAGCGGAAAUGAAACCAGCUAGGAACCACGAGGUUGCGCAUUCCAUCCCUGGCCUCG